GUUACAUCCCAAACGGUCAACGACUGCCCAGCCGCUAUUCCCAGAGACACUCAUCUCCAGGUCCAUGGGGGUCUGUGCUACCAGUUCGUUCUGACCCCUCACAAAACCCACACGGACGCCAAGAAGGCGUGCGAGGCAAACGGUGGCACCCUGGCCAUCGUCUCAUCCAAAGCCGUCCAGGACUACAUCUACGACCAGAUGCUCCACACCUACAAGAGCACCUGGGGAAAAGCCUGGAUCGGCCUCAACGACAUCGCCACCGAGGACGUCUUCGUCUGGGAGGACGGCACCAAACUGACCUACCACAACUUCGCCCCCGGAGAAGGCAUUCAGAACACCAGUCUCACCGCCGUCGUGCCCCACCCGAACGAGGACUGCGUCAUCAUCGACGUCCACGACAACGGCUGGUGGCGUGACUACCCGUGCGACACUUCAUCUUUCCUCAUAGGCACCCAGAGAGAGUCGCAUGCCUACAUCUGUCAGUACAAAGCUGGUGGUAGCUAAUUUUUUUCGUCUCCGCUAACAACACUGUCUGCAUUAAAAGAUGAAAUUAUAAAUAAAUAUUACAUUUUUUCAUAUAUAUCUCUUAAUUUUUUAAACGCCAAAUGUAAUAAUAUGCUUGGAUUGUUGACACCAAGACAAUGUAGUGGAGCCAAAUCUUGAUUUUUUUUUCCAAGUGCUGAUAAUUCAUUACAUUUAAUCGGC